AUGCGCAUGCGCGGCGUCCUCCUCCUCCUCCUCCUCCUCUUCCAAUCCUGAGGGAAUAUCGUUGGUUGCCUAUCAGGCGAAGCCUUUGGGUCACUUGGCGGAGCUGCGGCUUCUGUGAUUGAUUGACAGGGGGAGGAGGAGGGGGUCUUUUAACGGUCGCUCGGAUAGACUUGGAAUGACUGCUGGGUUUUGAAUAUCUCCUAGUAUGUUGAAAAUCAGCUGUUGAAUCCUUCCUCUGAACUUCCAGAUGAAGUUAUAGAAUGGCAGCAGAAACUGUCUUUACAGGAGAUCAAAAUCAUAUACUAAAUGCUGUUCACAGGCAGUUUCAGACACAGAAUCUUCCAACAACUACCUCUGUACAGAAAAAUUCUCCUGAACCUGAUAACACAAUGGAGUCGUGGUUGAUGGAAGAAAGCUUGGUAUCGCCUCUAGUAACCGAGUAUGAUAAACAUCUAGAGGAAAUGAACAAAGAACUGAGAUACUGUCAGGUACAAAUGAGGGAGAUGAGAUUAAAACUUGAACAAGUCAUCAGUGAAAAUGAAAGAUUACAUGAAGAAUUGAAAGAGGCCAUUGAAAAGCAGUUGGACGGUCUACCAUCUGGUUCCGUUUCAAGGGAUGGUACAUUUAUGGAUCAAAACCUAAUAAGAAACCUUCAGGAACAACUACAACUAGCAAAUAAAGAAAAAGAAAAUGUGCUAGAACUGUGGCAGACUGUAUCACAGGAAUUGGGCCGACUUCAGCAGAUGUACCAGGAACAUAUGACAGAAGCACAAAUUCAUAUUGUUGAAAAGCAGAAACAAAAAGAUCAGUUGACAAGCUUUCAGCAGCUAACAAAACAACUGCAUUUAGCAAAUGAAAAAACAGAGUCCAUUAAUCAGGUAUUUCUGAAGACUGUAAUGGAACAGAAUGUUGAGCUGGAACAAUUGCGCAAGCAACAGAGACAAUCAAAAUUGGACUUGAGAACAGCUGCAGCAAAGGUUGAUGAAAUGAUCAGACUCACUGAGGAACUCCGUGCCCAGGUGGCCAGAAAGGAAGAAGAAGUGUUAGCUGCUCAGGAAAGAGAGGGUGCAUCUGAUAAGCGUUUGCAGCAGUUGCAGUCUAGCAUAAAACAGCUGGAGACAAGACUUUGUGUCACUGCCAAAGAUUCUGAAGUUGUACGGGCCGAAAGAUCAACCUUAGAAAAACAAAUCCAGGAGCUACAAAAAAAGUGUGUGGAGAUAGAAGGGGAGAAAUAUGAUGCUGUGGAAAAGGUCCGUGAUAGCUUGCAACUGUUAGAAGAAGCUAAUCUACAAAAGAGUCAGGCAAUGAUAGCUGAAAAACAAAAGGAAGAAGAAAUAAAAAAUAUGAAGGAAGCAGUUUCUCAGCUGCUUCAAGAUGCUGCUUCAAGAACUAGAAAAGAAGUAGAAAAUGAAAGAAAAAGAUAUAAUAUACAGAUUUCCCAGUUAACAGAAGAACUUACAGCACUUCAAAUGGAAUGUGGGGAGAAGCAGAGCCAAAUUGAGCGAGCUGUUAGAGAAAGACGAGCAGUAGAAGAAGAACUAGCAAAGAUAUACUGUGAAAGAAGAGGAAAUGAAGGUGAUUACAGAAAACAAGAAGAACUUUACCAAAGAUGUCUCGUUGCUGAACGGGCAAAAGAUGAUCUUCAGUUAAGUCUGCAAACAGCACAAAACAGAAUCAGACAUUUGGAAAUGAAGUUUUCCUUUGUUUUAAGCUAUGAGGAAGAAAUAGGCCGUUGUCAGGAAAUGAUCCACAAGUUGCAAAGUAUUCUAGACUCUGAAAGACAGAAUUGUGGCUCUGUCAGUGAAGAAUGCUUAAAACUACAGCAGGAGAAUGAACGGUUUCAGAAAGAAAUUGAAGAUUUGAGAAAAUUGGCCAUGGAGGCACAGCAAACUGCCAAAUUAAAGAUAAGCACAAUGGAGAAUGAACAUUUAAUAAAAGAACAUGGCUUUGAAGUACGACUGAAAGAAAUGGAAGAUGUGAAUCAAAACUCCACUGCUGAACUGAGACGUCUGUUGAUAGCCCAGCAGAAGGCAACUAACCUGUGGAAGGAAGAGACAAAGAAAUUAACAGAAGUUACAGAAACCAGAAUAAAUAAUUUGAAAAGUGAGCUGAGUCGUCAAAAAAUUCAUACCCAGGACUUACUUUGUCAGCUGGAAAGAGCAAACGAAAAGAUCAUUGAGAAUGAAAAAUUAAUGAUGGAACAUCAAGAAAAAGUCAACAGACUUCAAAGGCGACUAAGCCAGGCAGAAGAGAGGGCAGCUACAGCAUCUCAACAGCUCAGUGCAAUUACCAUGCAGAAGAAAAAGGCUGCCUCCUUGAUAGAGUUAGAAAAUAUUUAAAAGUAAUGUGUUCCUCCAGUUUAUAUGCUUAAGACUCAAGAGCAGACUUGAAACACUGAGCCAUGUCAUGCAGAGUGACUUUUUUUUUUUUUACAAAAAUCCUCUGUCACUUGAGCAAAGAAAAACAUUUUUGUGGCUUCCUCCCAAUAAACAUUAAACAGACAAUUGGAAAAAUUACAUGAUGAAUGAAAGCAAAGCCAGAUGGAAGGGUGGCUUCCCCUUAUCUGCGUGUAAAAAUAAAUGUACCAUGCACCACAA